AUGGAAAACCUCUCAUCCGAGGCCCCCAUCAUGGCGAACCACAGUCUCUACGAUUCCUCGCUUCCGCCGCUGCCGGCCUACACCCUCGAGCCAAAGCCCGACCUGUUCCCCUUCAUCUCCGACCUCUGGCUGUCGCUGGUGCUGCCCGUCAUCGUCUACUGGGUCAUGUCGCUCUUCUUCCACUGCAUCGACAUGCUAGAUCUCUUCCCUCAGUACCGCCUGCAUACCCCGGAAGAAAUCACCAAGCGAAACCACGCGACUCGCUACGAGGUUGCCCGCGAUGUCAUCAUCCAGCAAAUCAUCCAGAUCACGACCGGAUAUGCGCUUGCAGUCACUGAGCCACAGGAGAUGAUUGGCAAGCAGGACUACGACAUUGCUGUCUGGGCCACUCGCAUCCGCCUUGCCCAGCGCGCCCUGCCCGGUCUGCUCGGCCUUGUCGGCCUCAACGCGACCGCCAUCUCCAAGAGCAUGUCGUCUUCCUAUCCCUUGCUUGCUGGUGUCUUGGCGGGUGGCUACUAUCCCGUAUCUACGACCGGCUCGGCCGAUGCUACCCCGACAUUCACUGCUUGGGAGAUGACUCUUGCAAAGGCCAUCUACCAUGUCCUCGUUCCCGCCCUGCAAUACUUUGUUGCCAUCUUCAUCCUUGAUUCUUGGCAAUACUUCCUUCACCGAUUGAUGCACGUCAACCGCUGGCUGUACACAACUUUCCACUCUCGCCACCACCGUCUCUAUGUCCCAUAUGCCUACGGUGCUCUGUACAACCACCCUAUCGAGGGAUUCCUCCUCGACACCCUCGGUGCUGGCAUCGGAUUCAAGGUCACCGGCAUGUCUCUGCUCCAGGGCACAUGCUUCUUCUCCUUCUCAACCAUCAAGACCAUUGAUGACCACUGCGGAUACUCCUUCCCCUGGGACCCCCUUCAGCUCAUCACGAGCAACAAUGCUGCCUACCACGACAUUCACCACCAGACUUGGGGAAUCAAGGCCAACUUCUCACAGCCCUUUUUCACGUUCUGGGACCAGCUUCUGGGAACCAAAUACAGUGGAAAGCGGGACAACACGCCUGUCGGCAGGAAGCAGGCUGAGAAGACCCAGUAA